GGCAUGUGUAUUAUAUGGGCAUGUGCACCCACACUUAGGGAUGGGCAAAUGGAAAAAAAAAAUUCGAUAUAUAUCGUAUCGACAUUUUUAAAUGUAUCGAUAUAAUGUGACUAUUACUUGUAUUGAUUUGAAGACUUACUUGUUUCAAAUAAAGGGUGGCAUUCAAUGGUGAUAUUAAUUCAUUCACUACAUUUAUCGAUCUCGAUCUAUAAUCUUCGUAAGUAACCCUAAUAAAAAAUGAAAUGGAUUUAUAAAAUUCACCGUUGAGAUUUUUUUUUUGCAUAAAUAUUACAAAUAUUGUAAUAUAUGUAACGUUUAAAAUCAGAACACACAUAUAUUAUUAAUUUUAUCCCUUCGUUAUACCUCAAAUUCCAUAAAGAGGCAGUAUUUCAAAAAAUAAAGAAACCACAAAAAUUUAUUUCACUAAAUGGCAGCACAAACUGUUGGAUAUUGUUCAUUGUUGACUCAACAUUUGGCUGUAUGGCUUAGUUCCUUCGCCUGUUCCAUGGACGAAACUACUACUAUUAUUGUUAAUUGUUCUGUAUCUCAGUCCUAGAUGGCGUUUUAUUUUGUUUUAGUACGUGUUUUAAGAGUAUAACUAAUUCUUUAUCUGUGAUCAAAGAUUACAAUAUUAUACUGGUCUGUGAUCGUAUUAUACAUAGUAACUGUGAUUGUUUUUAUAUUUAAACAAAAUAAAUAAAACAAGAUAUUUCAAGUUUAUGUUUUAAGUCCAUACCAAAACUGUGUUUUAAGAAUAAUCCAUCAACUAAUUUAUAACCUCUACGAAGACAAUUUUAUCCAAAAAAAUAAAUAAUAUAUUAAAUUAACGUAUUAUAUUAUAACGUAUUUAAUUUCCUAUUAAAUAAUGGGUGUUACAGUUUUGCAGCCGUAUCCCGUGCCGGAAAAUAAAACUGGAACUUAUGUCAUAGAAUUACUAACAAAGCGGAUAUUAGCACUCGGCGCAUCACAACAAGGGCAGUUUCUUGUCGAUUGUGAGAGUUAUUUAUCACAUCCGCAAAUGGGUACAACUAAAACAGUGCAUAUUCUACACAACUCUGAACAACCUGCAUCAGUCUUCUCAAUCUUAGAAAGUGGUACAAAGAAUAUCCAUGUGAUUGCGGAUGGGUUAUUUGAUUUACUUAUGAUGAAACUCUCGCAACACUAUACUUCAAAGAAGCAGACAAAGAUAGAGAGCAAAGGGCCCAGGUUUGAACUGGGAGAUUUCUGUGUAAAGCUGGGCUCGGUGACAAUGAAUCAGAACUUCAAAGGAAUACUCAUUGAGGUGGAAUACAGGCCAUGUGUUAUGGCGAAUGCUGUCUGGGGUCUGCUUCGUGAGUUCCUUCAAGACACCAAUGGAGCCACGCUCGAGAGGAUGGAGUGCGGCAUAGACAAUUCCCCGGAAGUGGUGGUUGGCAGCGACGUUCCAUUGAACACUUAUCCUUGGGUUGGAAUACUUUACUAUAUUGGUCAUGACUUAACAGGUGAAGUGAGAGCGGUGACUACCGUUGUCCUAAUACAACAGGAGUUCGUGAUAGGACCCGCGGCCGAUAUCGGGCCCAUGCCAAAGCAUGACUUCCGUAAAAAUACGCGUGUGAUAUUAGGGGAUGGCUGGAGGGGUGAAGAGCUGCGCGUACGCAACUACGUAAUUCAUCCAGAGUACGGAGAAACACUCAAUACUGUUGCACUCGUACAACUCAAGAAUAUUGUUAGAUCUAGUUAG